CGGCGGUGGCAAGCAACUAAGGAUGGAAGCGCUUUUUCCCCCUCCGGGCUCCUGCUGAUUGCUUCUCCCUCUGAUUUCUGAGUGAUCAGAUUUGGAUGACUGCCAAAGAAGAAUUAAAGGUUUGUCCAUGAAUAAUUUGAAUGACCCUCCGAACUGGAACAUCCGGCCUAAUGAAAGGAAUGAAGGAGGCCAUGGAAGCAAAUGGAAUUAUGCUCUGUUGGUUCCUAUGGUGGGGUUGGCUGCCUUCCGUUGGAUCUGGUCUAGAGAGUCUCAAAAAGAGAUCGAAAAAGAGAGGAAAAAAUUCUAUAGAAAAGUAUUGUUAGUACAGAGUGAGCUUGAAUCCAAAUAUCGUGAUAUAAUCACAGAAAACCGCCGUACGGUUGCCCACUUGGAGCUCGAGUUGGAAAAGGCACAAAACAGAACAGAAAGCUACCGCCAAGCCCUCGUCUCUCAGACUCAUAAACUGGUGGAAGAAAGAAGAACUCUGGAACAAGAGCGUACGCAAUUAGAACAAGAAAAGCAGAUUCUGCAGCACUCUGGAGCUGCCGGUGCAUUGUAUCAAAGUUGCUUGGAGAAGGAAGAGCAAUGGCAAAAGAGAGCUACUGUUUUACUAAAAGAGUUUGAGGAAGCCCUUACAGAACGGCAGAACAUCUACUGCAGCCUCAUGCUGCCCAGGCAGCAGCGACUAGAAAUGGAGAAAAAAUUGCUAGUUAGAGCAGCAACUGAUCCAGUCGCUUUGGACUUGGGAAUGGAGACUGGCUUAAGAGAUAUUUUUAGGUACGAUACCUCUUGCAGUAAUUUGUUAAACACCAAUAAACGUCAGAAUGGAAAGCUAAUGUGGCUGUACCUUCGAUACUGGGAAUUAUCUGCUGAACUCAACAAAUUCAAGAGGGUAGAGAAAAUCAUGUUGGGAAAAGGUAGUGGCUGAAAACAACAGCCAUCCAUACGUUACAGGUGUUGGGUAUGAGUGACUUCCACUGGCCUUUAUAUCACUACUCGUAGCUUCCUCACCACAUCUUUACUGGCCAUCAGAUAAUAUCUUAACUGCUUGAUGCCUCUUCCUUGGCCAGUGUGAACGCUGAUUGAAUGGCACCAUAAUCCUCAAUGUCAGCUAAACAUCUGUAUACUUAUAUUAGCAGUGCAAUCCUAUGCAUGUUUACUCAGAAGUAAAUCCUACUGUGUUCAGUGGGGUUUAUCCUCAGAUAAAUAGGUUUUAGGAUUGAAGUCUGGAUCAGCAAUCUGGAUUUACAGGAGAUGACUUCAAGUUCUACCACUUGCAUGACAGCCCCUUUGCUGCAAGAAAACUUUCUACAUUACUUGGAAGCAACUGACCAUUAUUAGUGUUCUUUCUAUUUCCAGUCUGAGAGUCUUUUGAAAGCUGAGGAAGCACCACUCUCGGUUGUUGACAUGCAUGAUCAAGUUCUCAGAUCAGUCACCAUUGUGAUCUGGACUGGGCGGGGCAAGGCAAAAACACACCUGAAGGCAACCCAGGUAAAGCAGCUUCUCCUUCUAGUCCUCUCCAAGUUGGUCCCUGAAGCACUGGAUCAGGGUUUAGUGUUAGCCAGUGCUCAGCAAAUGACUUUUAGUGCCAGGGCACAACUGUGGAGCACAUGAAGCAGUAAUCAGGAAGGCAGUGCGCCUGAGCAAGUGCAGAGUAUGUCUCUGCAUGAAUUAAUGAUGUUUGCAAUACCAUUCUUGGAAAUAUUUGCACGUCAAAUUUUGGUUUUAUAAAUGGUAUUUUGCUUAAAGCUCUGAUGACAUAUAUAAGUUGUUAGGCAGUGUUUUUAGCAGAGGUGGUUAAAAAGGAGACAAAUUGAUGGAAAGCUCAGAGAGCCCAAGAAAGUCAUCUUGUAAUUUGCCUCCCAUCAUCACACUAAAGUAUGUGAGCAUUGCCAUUGAAGAUAGUUAAUGAAAAGAAUUUAAAGGAGAAAGUAAAUCGUGUGCUUAAGUUCAGAUAAAAUGAAAUCUAUCUUAUAAAUACAGUUAGAGAGGAAUCCAUUGGCCCCUAGACAGCAUCUUGGGUGGUGGGGGACAGGGAUAGGAUAUUUCAGAUUCUUGGAGCCAAGGUUAGAGAUAGUUCCAAACUCGGGUCUGGGAAUCUGGGUCUCCCUCCCACUCAGCUGGCAUGGAGAGAACCAUGCUGGCAACCUCAAGACCGGGUGUUAAGGGAGUAUUUCUGGGGGAGGGGCUAGUUUAUGCCUCUGCAGUGCCCCGGCUAGAUGGGUGAAACAGGCCCUCUAGCUAAAAUGCAAAGCAGGAUGCACAGCAGAGGCAAUGAACACCUCCACUGUACCUCCUGCUCUGCAUUGGAUACUUGAAGCCUCCGAAUUUGUACAUUGAUACUUAAAUAUAUGUCAUCUCGCUUAUUGUCACUUAUUUUUUUUAUAUGAUAUUUAUAUUACGUUGAAAAAGGUUAAAUGUAGGAUAAUGUGAAGAUAAAGACUGGGAACUUUCCAAGAGUACUUGGGAAAUUUAGAGCCCUACAUUUCUUACUGACUUUGAGUGACUUCCACUUUGCUUCAGAUCAUCAUCAUCACACCCUUCAAAAUGUUUGCCUCGGUUGCCAAAGAGUUGUCCUAAGGCCCCACUUUUUACAUUGUUGCUUAAUAAAGUUUAUUUCUUUGAAAACUUUAUCAGAUUUUUU